AUGGCCGAGCUCCCAUCGAAGGUGCACCUCACCUUGCACCCCCUCUUCCUGAGUAUUUGUGGGCCAUCGGUGUACAAGGAUGAUAAGCAGCGCACAUGGCUGCAUUUUGACCUGAGUACAGGAGGUGUCCUGCAAGUACGGUUGCUCCAGAAUGACAUCACAAGUGAGCAUAUCGCAUUCACCAUCAGCCCCCGGACAUUGAGCACCAUGCCUUCGUGGUGGACGAUCCAGCUUGGCAGCCGGUACCUGGAUUCCAUGGGCCGGUUCUGGGGCAUCAUACACCACAUCAAGGAGAAUGGAGUGGAGGAAAUGAUGCUUGAGCUGAUAAACAACUCCUAG